UUCCGAUCAAGUCAGACAUUUCAAAUUCUCCCGAAGUAAAAAGGGCAGCACAUGUGGAAGACAAGCAAAAAGCCGAAAACGGUUCAACGGCUAAAGAAAUUAACCAUGAGAGUAGUUCACCUGAAGAAUUAGCUGAUAGCCUAACCGAUGAAGAAAGCGAUAGAUUAGACGAUCCAGAUUUAGCUGAAGAUAAAAAUGGUAAUAAACCGAAGGUAUUGACGGGUUGGCAAAAGAAAUUGCUGGCAAGGCAAGAGUAUCGUAAGAAGCUUGCAGAAGAUCCAGCAUUCGUACCUCAUCUUGGGGAAUUUUGGGGACAUGAUGAUCGGUUCAUAAGAGAUGAAUUAAAAAAUGAUUUUGAUCGCCGCCCGAGAAAUUUACCUUUUGCACCAAAAGUAGUUUGGGGUGUUAAUGAACCCAGAGGUCGAUGGGAUCACGACGGUUUUGAGGAGUUAAUGAAGAUGGAGGAAGAAGAACGGCGUAGGAAAGAGUUUCAACGCAGGUUUCAACUUCAACAACGUCGUGGCUUUAGACCCCGA